AUGGAGAUUGAAGUAAAAUCAAGAGAUGAAGAUCAAGAACAUGAUCAAUAUCUCUUUUCCACCUUCCAACAAAAUCCAUCUCCUCUUCUACUCCUUCCAAACAUAUAUCCAAAGCUUGAAACUAUGGAAUUAGACCACUUCUCCUCCCCCAUCACUAAGCCUCCAUUUAUCUUCCAAGACUUCCACCACUCCUCAUUUGCUUAUGGAUCUUCAUCUUCAUCAUCCUCCUCGUCGUCAUCAUCUCUACCCGCGUUGCAAACCUCGUGUUUUGAUCCUUUCGAUCCGUUUCCAAAUAUACCCUUAUCUCUCGAUGAUCAUGAUAUCUUUUAUAGCGAGUUCAAGCCAUUUAACAACAAUAACAACAUAAUGGGAGGCCAUUUUCAAACCCUACAACGAGGUAUCCAUGAAGAUCAUGUGAUGGAAUCCGACCAUACCUUUAUGGAUCCAUACGACGAUCAAGAUCCAAUGGACAUGAUCACUAAGCCAAGGAUGAUGAUGAACUUUGUGAUACCCGACGAGGGAUCAUGUGUAACUGCAACAGAUCAGAACAAUAACCGGUUAUACUUGGAAGAUGGUGGUAGAGACAAGGGAGAUGGCAGUCGAGGUUCCAUGUUAGCUAUUAUGCCGCCACCUAGGAGGGCAAUGAAGGCUCGGAAGAAGUCUAAUUCGAUCAAAGGCCAAUGGACUAUUGAAGAAGACAGGCUUUUGAUACAAAUGGUGGAGAAAUUUGGAGUUAGAAAAUGGUCUCAUAUUGCUCAAAAGCUUAAAGGAAGGAUUGGUAAGCAAUGUAGAGAAAGAUGGCACAACCAUCUUAGGCCUGAUAUCAAGAAGGAUAUAUGGAGUGAAGAGGAAGAUAGGAUUCUAAUCACGGCCCAUUUAGAAGUGGGCAACAAAUGGGCCGAGAUAGCGAAACGACUAUCGGGCCGGACAGAAAACUCGAUAAAGAAUCAUUGGAAUGCAACAAAGCGUCGCCAAUACUCACGUAGGAAAUGUCGGUCCAAACAUCCUAAGCCGAGUUCUCUUCUUCAAAACUAUAUCAAAAGCCUUAACCCGCCGGUUUGCAUGAUCAACCCGACAGCUGAUAACAACAACACGAUGAGACACGAUUAUGAGUUACCUACUGUGGAACUGACACCGACUGAUCCGUGCCAUGCGGUGAUGAAUAAUUACUUUGAUGAAUUUGACACAUUCGAUGCAAAGAUGGAGAUGAUGAUGAUGGACGAGAUUGUGCUACCCGAGUUGGAUCAUGAACAGAUUGACUUAGCUGCGAUGUUGCAGCCCUUGGAUCAGGUGGUGAUACAGAAGGAAAUGGAUUUGAUUGAGAUGAUUUCUCUUGUCAACAAUAAUAAUUGA